CGCUGAGGCCCUAGCGGGUACAAAACCGUGGUGCUCGAGCUUGCCGGAGUUGGGCAGCCGGAACGCGCGCGACCUUUCAACCAGAGCGCGCCGCGGAACGGGUUGGGCUUGCAGAUUUGACCUUCUGCGUUCUUGUACAUUCAGGAUCCUCUCAUCUAGAGCUCAUUCCCGCAGAGCCCAGAAUCUUGAGUUGCGUCCACGAUGAGCAGCAUGACCCAGAAUAUACGGGAAGUAAUGAAGGUCUUGUUCAGAGUUCCCGGUUUUGAUAGAGUUUUGGAAAAGGUGACACUUGUCUCUGCUGCUCCUGAGAAAGUAGUUUGUGAAAUGAAAGUGGAAGAACAACAUGCUAAUAAGUUCGGUACUCUCCAUGGAGGCUUGACAGCAACCCUGAUAGAUAGCAUAUCUACCGUGGCCCUGAUGUGCACGGAAAGAGGGGCACCUGGAGUCAGUGUUGACAUGAACAUAACGUACAUGUCACCUGCUAAAAUAGGAGAAGAAAUAGUGAUCACAGCACAUAUUCUGAAGCAAGGAAAAACACUUGCAUUUGCCUCGGUGGAUCUGACCAACAAGGCCACGGGAAAAUUAAUAGCACAAGGCAGACACACAAAACACCUGGGAAACUGAGGAACGGCAGGACAGCAGGACAGGGUCUCUGGCUGCCCUGGAACUCACUGUGGACCAGACCAGACCAGAUAGCCACUUUCCUUUGCCUCCCUGGUGCUAUGGUAGUGUGUGCCACCAAGUCUAGCUAGGGUGCCUUUUUUUCUUUUGAAGCAUCAAUUGUUUAAAUCAGGUGCAUGAUAAUUGGAUGGAGUUCUUGGCUCAGUGUUUUGGUGUUUUGAGUCUGGCUUUUGGCAUCAGGAUCAUCGAACUAACAAUCUUCUGCCUCAGCCUCCUGAAUGCUGGUAUGAUAGGUAUGUUACACCUUGCCUGACUAGUUUCAGUUCAGUUUUUAUAACAGGUAAAGCAAAGCAGCUAGAAGACCCACUUUAAGAUUACUCUUAAACUGAAGUCUCUGAAGUCUAGUGUUAAAGGAGAAAGAGGAGUUGAUAUUCUCACACACACCCCCACCCCACCCCACCCCCACACACGCACGCACCUCCAACUUCCAAAAACCAUUACCUGAGGGCCCAAGAGUUAAGGGAGACACAGGAAUCUCAACAUAGCAAUAAUCAAUCCUUAAUGAAAUUUUAGGUCUUUCCCAGCUCUAAUGCUGUCACAUUUCCAUUUCCUUUAUGAGACAUGAUCAUCAAACUUCCAAAUGCUAAAACUACAGCCAUAAUGAGAAACUGAAGAGUCUGCGAUAUAUGGCCUAAAAAUCUGAAGCGAAGCCCUAACAGUAGAAACAGCCUAAAUACCUUUCUCUGCUGAUUUUGUAUGUCUGGACCUGGCAUCUUUUGUAGGACUUAUCAUGAGCCCCUUUAAAUCUCCCAGCCUACUAUACUACAUUCAAGUUAGCAAAUUAGUGCAUUUCUCAAAAGUCUCAAAAAUUAGAGGACUCUUUGCUUUCUUCAUUUUCAGGGUUCAAAACUAGAGUGGAAAGCGAAAGCAGCUUUCAAUAGACUUGAAACAUCUGAGGUCAGAAGUUGUCUGUAUUACAUAUCAGAUCUUCCUUCAGACUCCUCAGCUGUUGACAGGUUCCAGGGCUGGGACUCAGGGAGGUUCUGUGAUUUAUCCAUGAAAGUGCUCAAGAAACUGAGUCUUGAAUAUUAUGGAUGGUGGGUUGGGCUCAAUACUAUGUUGAUGGCCAGUAAAUGUGACAAGACUCACAGAAUGCUGAAACGUGUUCAGAGAAAUUUGGAAAAUCUUUUGCAACCAUCAAGAUUGUUUGGGGCUGGAGAUGCCACAUUUAAAAACACUGACUGCUCUUCCAGAGGACCUGGGUUUGAUUCCCAAUACUGCCCUCCACAGGCAUUGCAUGCACAUGAUACAGACAUACAAGCAGGGCAAAACACCUUAUAAAGGUUGAAAAAAAAUUGGCUUGGUUGGGCACCAGGAUUCAUUGUAACUCAAGAGGCCAUUUUCAUAUUGUUUGCCAUCAGUCACUAGCAGUAAGCACAUAGUGCAGAAACCAAAGUUAGUUUUAAGGAGCAGAUGGCAUGAGCUUCUGGAUAUUAGAAGGGUACAAAGUCAAUCUAACCAUGAACACAUUCCCAAUUUUGAUAGUUAACUAGAACAUGGAUGGUAUGCUGUCAUGUUGGAAGCCUGGUAAUGGUACUACAAGAUACAGUGACCAGAAACACCUCCCCUCCCCACCCUCCACCACACCAAAUCUUGCACUUAUUUGUAACAUGGGCCUAAGUACAAAAGGGCAAAAUAUAACUCAUGUGUGCAACAAGUGCUAUGGUUGAGUAAGUACGUACAAAGAGGAAAAUGUUGGGAAAAAUCUUAAAUGUUACACCAGAACAUCUCAUAUUGUUCUUGCCAACUUUUCUAAAUUAUUCCAAGAUAAAAUGGCUGCUGAACCGCCUAGUAUGUUGAACACAGUAUAACAGUAAAAUGGUUUUUAAAAAGCCACUGGCCUCUGGUGACUUAAGUCCUCUACUUAUAAGAGCUUGGACAAAUUUCUCAACCUGUAUGUCUACUUCCACUCCAAACUGUUAGAGAGACAGCUAUGGAACAAUGGCCUUAAGAAACUUUCACAAUGUUCUAUCAAAUUGACUCUAAUCAGAGAACAUGUAAAAUGCCCUUUCACAUUAAGAAUGGCUUUUUCUUUUCCUUUUCUAUGGAAACAAAGCAAAAGGCAGGGAACUAUUGAAGCUAUCUGUCUUCAGUUCUUGUUCAGUUAUAACUGCUAGUUCUUUUGUCCAAACCAACCAACCUAAGUGACCAAAACCAUGGAUAAAAAAGUUAUCACUGCAAUUUUGUAUAUUCAUCUGAAUAGGCAAGAAGCUUUCACCUAUUUUAUUUAGGUUUCAUUUUUUUUCCAAAUUCCAACCAGAAGCUAAAUACAAAUGGAAACCAGUAAGCACUAGUUUAACUCCAAUGGAGUAGGAUCAUUCCGAUUUACUCCAAUAAAA